CCAGCCCUACCCGAAGCGGCAGCUAGCGCAUCGGGCAGACCGGCAGCCGAACCCUAGCGUUAGCGAGCACCACGGCGGCGCGCUCACCACUGGGGGCUCAACGGCUCAGCCUCGCUGCUUCGCCAGUUCGCCACGCCUCCGGCGCCGCUUCGCCGUCCGGCGCUCAACCUCGCUGCAUCGCCACGCCUCCGGCGCCGUUCCGCCGUCAGGCGAGCGGCCUGCUCAGCUACUCGCCCGUCCGACGCCGUACCCACCGGCCCUCGCAGGUUGCAGCUUCCUGCUUCCCGGCGUUCUCCGUCCCCGCGCAAGCACAACCUAGUAAAGCUUCAGAUUUGAAGGAACUUACAAUGCUGCUGAGAACUGUAAAGCUGCUUGGGCUGUGGUAGUUAGUGCUAAGCUGCGAUCUUGUGAAGUUGGCAACUGGUAUUGUGGCAAUGCUCGUGCCCCAUGGCCAUUGGAGGUUGUGACGAACUGACGCUGUGUUCUUCUAUUCUCUCUGUGAUUCCUGUUAUCUGAACACUCAUGGUGAGACAUAUUAUGUUAUGUUCUGUAGCAUAAUAUGGAAUGCUAUACUGCUAGUGCUACGGUCCAAAGAUGACUUGUCUUUGACAUCAUAAGGUUUGCUCCCAGCAUCUAAUUAGUUUGUGAAGUUUAUCCAUCCAUGUCUUCACUAACCUCUAAUUUUCUAGUGUUAAUUAAUUGUCAUGGCUAGUCUAAUGCAAGUCCUGUUGUGACAAAUGUAUGGAAUAGAAGUUCAGAACCUUCAGAGAUACAUAGGACAGGAAGAAAGCGUCGUUCUCUCAUUUUUAAAUUUGCGUCAACUUUGGUUUAAUCAAAGCCAUACCGAAAUAGUUUAGUAUAUACCAAAGCCAAAUUGCAUUUUAGUUUUAUAGUACCAUAUUAACCGAAGUAUGGAUAGUGUACAUACCACAAAAGGGUAUUUACCAAACUGAAUAAACCGAAUGCAUAGAGUUAGUGGUGUGGUCUUGGGUGUCCCAUUUGUCAUGCUUGGGAGUUCUCAGUCGGUAUAAGUAGGUAUAUUAGUUGACUGGGCAAUUGGGUUUUUUAGGGAUUGAUCCAUAGUGGUGGCCAUUGUGUUCAUAAUUGAGCUGUGUGGUGGGUUUGAAUGUUUUGGAAAAUACUCUGAAUUGCAAAUACAAGGAUUGAGGUAUGGUAGGGAAGGUAAUGGGUGGUUUGAUCUGCUUAAAUUGGGAUUUUUCACAGUUUAUGUCACAAAUAACUUUUACAGAUGUAUAAACAUGUACUGACAUUCUUGUCCAUUAGUGAGGUCGGUGAAAAUGUUAGCCCUCUCCCUAAAGGCUUAAGUCUGCCUUAAGUCAUGUGCCCACCGCUGCCUGGCUGCAUGGUAAUGGCCACCAUUGUGUACGGAAUCACAAUUCCCUCUCCUUCCUCAGUCCUUCCGUCCUACCCGAGGACUUUUAAGGUAAUCUUGUGUACAGUGAAAUCCAGCCGGCUGCGCAGCAUAGCUUGACUUGGAUCGAGUUCUGCUUGUGGACGGAUCUAGCAGUAGGUUAUCCAAUUUGGCCGUCAGGUUCAGCUCUACUGUGGAAGAAUUUGUUGUGAUUUCUCGGUUGAUUUUGUUUUCAUCUAUGCUAAUUUCUUGGCCAAUCAACAGUUCCUCUUUCAUCCUCUUUUUAUCGCCUCAUUCUUUUGUAUUCAGGAUGUAUUAGACUAAAUAGUCCAAAGGUUGAUUGGUAAACUGCUGCUUCAUUUAUUGACCACAUUUUUUUUUCUUGAAGUUGUGUUGCCUAGCGGUGGAGUGCAAUUACAAGAAGCUUCAUUGUGUCUAUCAAGUGGGUUUUGAGUGCUCGUGACUGGCGUAUACAUGUAUGUAGAACAAAAUGUCCAGCAACAGUGGCGGUGGUGCGAAGGAGAAGGGUCCCCGAAUUGCUACGCCGCUUGUGCCACCUCCCUUAGUCCAGAAUUCUAUGCCUACUGCUUCAGAUGGCCCUACCACUGAUCUGAGAUUAGCACAACAGUCCUGGCCUGGACAUGUAGUCCUGCGUCCAUGCACAUCUUGGCCUCCUCAUGUGAAUCCUGCGUAUCCACAACAAAAUGGGGAAGCAGUGGCGGAUGUGGUGGCAGCCGAUGUUCUUCCUGUGAUUAAUAGCUGCAAUGAGAAGAUGUUGCCGGAAGUAAAUAUGCUAUUUGAUGACGAGAAUGAUGCUUAUGAGUUCUACAAUAUUUAUGCGGAGAAGGUGGGCUUCUUUGUUCGGAGAUCAACACUCUGGACAACAUCGAAGAACAUCAUCACUAGGAGGACAUUUGUUUGCUCAAGAGAAGGUUUUCGGGAGAAGAAGAAGGGUGCCAAGGAAUCAAAAUGCCCACGGCCUGAAACAAGAAUUGGUUGCCCAGCAAGCAUGACCAUUAGGCUUACUCCCAAUGGCAAGUACCGUUUGACAGAAUUUGUACCAAACCAUAACCAUCAGUUGGCAACAGCUUCUACGAUUCAUAUGUUGAAAGCAAAGAAAAUUAGGCGUAAAGCACGGGCUGUGAGAGAAAAUCUGGUGGAUGAUACUGUGGUAACGCCAGAGUUUGAAAAUGAAGAUGAGGCAUAUGAAUUUUACAGCAUGUAUGCAGGGAAAAUUGGAUUUAACGUAAGAAGGGCAAGCAUGACAGUAAAUGCUGAAAAUGUUAUCACUAGAAGGAUGUUUGUUUGUUCAAAAGAAGGGUUCCGUGAGAAGAAAAGAGGAGCAAAUAGAGUAAAGAAGCCUCGUCCAGAGACACGAACUGGUUGCCCAGCAUGUAUGGUCAUCAGACUUGCAUCUAACGGCAAGUAUAAUGUCACUGAGUUUGUCACCUUCCACAAUCACGGUCUUGGUGCCGCAGCAGCUUCUGAUCUUGUGAUGACAUCACUAACGGCUGGAAGUUAUCAAGAUUGUGGAGUAGAUUUGUAUGAUGAAGCACUAGACGAUUGUUACGGCAAGCAAAAUCUUAUCAAAGACGAUGCCACUUCAAACUGUCUAGAAGGUAGAAGUUGGAAAAGGUACAAGUGUAAAGUUCCUCACUAUGGUGAUGUAGGUGCCACUCUGGAGUACCUACAAAAGAUGCAACAUGACAACCCUUCAUUCUUCUAUGCAGUAAAAUCUGAUGAAGAUGGGAACUUGACAAAUUUUCUUUGGGCAGAUUCCAAGUCCAUCAUGGAUUUUACCCACUUUGGUGAUGUAGUAUGCCUUGAUUCAGGGUAUGAAGUGCAAGGCUAUGGUAGGCCGAUUGCUUUGUUUACAGGUCUGAAUCAUCAUAGGCAAACUGUCAUCUUUGGUACUGCAUUACUUUAUGAUGAGAGCUUUGAAGCUUUCAGAUGGCUAUUUGAUACUUUUAAGAUGGCAAUGAAUAGUACCCAUCCCAAGACAUUGUUAACUGAUAGAUCGGCUGUGAUAAGUGAAGCUGUUGCAGUAAGUUGGCCUGAGACAGCACAUCGUUUUUGUGUUUGGCAAAUUUACCAAAAUGCUCUUCAACAGUUAAGUCAAGCAUUCCAUGGGUCAAGAACUUUAGAAUACAACUUCAAGAGAUGCCUAUUUGAUUGUGAAGAUGAGGCUGAGUUUUUGAUGGCAUGGAGAGAAAUGUUGGAAAAUCAUGACCUAAAAGAUAAUCAAUGGCUAGCAGAUCUUCUUGCUGUUAAGGAGAAAUGGGCAUUACCAUAUGGUCGUGAGGCAUUUUACGCUGAUAUGAAAAGCGUCCAACAGAAGGACAACUUGAGUAGUGAGCUUAAAAUAUAUUUAUCCCUAGAAUUCGACCUUUUGAGUUUCUUUGUGCAGUUUGAAAAAUUAUUAUGUGAUCGUCGGUCUGCAGAACUGCAACUUGAUGUGAGUGCCAGUCAGAGCACAAAGAAGCCACCUUCGAUGCGAAUAUUAAGGCAAGCUGCAAAUGUGUAUACACCUGCUGCCUAUAGAAUGUUUGAAAGAGAGUUUGAAUUGUACAUGGAUUGCAUGCUAUAUAACUGUGGCGAGAUGGGCACAAUCUGUGAGUAUAGGAUAACUGUCGAGGACAAUCCAAAAGAUCAUUUUGUUAAGUAUGAUUCGCUCAAUUCCAUGUCACAUUGUAGUUGCAAGAGGUUUGAGUUUGUAGGCAUUCCAUGUCGCCAUAUGCUGAAGGUACUUGACACUAGGAAUAUCAAGGACAUUCCUCCUCAGUACAUCUUGAAAAGGUGGAGGAAAGAUGCCAGAUCAGGAUCUUCAAAUGGUGGUUACGCGUACUCUUUUGAUGGUGAUCCUCAGACAAAGCGUCACACUUUAUUGUGUCGAAUAUUCAGUAUAGCAGCGGCUAGAGCUGCAACCUCUGCCGAAUCAUUUGCGUACAUGGAAAGCCAAUCGAGCGUACUUAUGGGUCAAGUGGAACAAUUUCUUGAAAACAGCCCCCCUGACAUAGCUGCUAUUAUUGGUGCUAAUUGUGACCGUACUCAAAUUCCAGUUGAAAGUAUGAUCACAGACGGUCUGCACAAUCAUGCUAACUUUAUCAAUGGCUCUGCUGAUGAUUCUCUAACCUUUCCCUUCACAAUGGGUGCUGGUACGUUGGAUUACCGCUAGACAGGUGCUGGAUGAUGGUAUAUCUGGCUGCCAUACCAAUUUGGUGGUGCGUAGAUGAGCUGGGAAUAAAAAUGACGGGCUUAUCGACUGUGCAGAUCAUUUUUAAUAGAUUUCUUAAGACUGCUGGAACUUUUCCAGUCCAUUUCAUAGCUUACGACUUGUCCAGUUCCACCUACCGCCCCAUGGCGCCUCAGGCCGAUUAAAUAUCAAGGUCGCCUGUUCGACCACCAAGCGGCAAUGACUUCCCAGUAGAUGAUGAUGAAACGGGUGAUGCGUUUUGUGUGUGUUGUGCCUGUGUUGAUGGUGCAUGCCGCGCCUGUAGAUGUACAGUAUGGAGGAAUGAAUGUUCAUGUCAUCUCUACACCAAGGUGAUAUAUUCUGUUUACACUGGUCAAGUCCACUGGCUGUCCAUAUAAUUUUGGUGAAUAUGAAUCAAGAUAAAUACAAAAAAGGUGAUCGCAAA